AAGAAAGGAUUCAUCCCUGUCCUUGGAGCUUCGCGUGGGUUGCCAGGGUUCUGUGCUCCGUUUGUAUUAUUCACUUGACUAAAGGUCACAGCAAAAAGCCCAAAUGGCGUUCAUGUUGAAUAACACAAGCAUUGCUUCCCAUUUCCGAUCUCACUCCCAGCAGAAGAGGGAGGAUUUGCUUUCUAUCGCGCGCCGUGAAUUCCACAUCGAACCCGGGCCUCGUGAAAAAGCUCUCUUGGCAGAGGAUCCAUCCCUGAAGCCAUUCAAAUCAUAUAAGAAGAGCGUGUCACGAAUCAAGAGAAUUGGGGAUGUUCUGACAGUCAUUGUUGUUGCAGGAUGCUGUUAUGAGAUAUAUGUCAGAGCAGUAAUGAGAGAAGAAGCUCGGAAGCAGGCAAGGGAUCAUAGUGCGUAAUGAAGCGAAUAAUGUGUUGUUACAUUGUUACAUUUGUCUCAUAUUUCUGGCAACAAUGUGGACUCGCGGUGUGUUAGAAUAAGCAGGAAAGCAUUUGAAUCCAAAAUGCUUGCGCCUCAAUAGGUUUUCCACCAUCUAAGAGUAAGGCUCGUUGGGUUGAUUAAAGUUAGAGGCUUUAGACGGUUUCAUGCCAUUCUGGUUAGUUGCACCAUCCAGUGUGAGGAAGCAUUUGAGAGAUGGAACUUGGAAGAAUUGGUGACUAUUCGUGGUGUUAGGCAUUUCUUUAAAAUGGAGGACAAGGAUCUGUCUUAUCAAUCGUGGUGACAUUGGCCUUCUUUCAAAUUUUCAUCUAUUUAUUGUCUUAUUUAAAAUCA